AUGGACACGAACCCCAAGACUAAAGAAUCACUUCGUAAUAGUGUGGACUCUCCAGAUGAUCCUGUUUUAGAUAGAUACUCCGAGUCAAAGGAUGAUUCAAAUAUUGGGCAGAGUUCAACUGAAAAUCCGAAAAACACAAAUCAAAUCGGACCUGACCCCAAAACUUUGAUCAGUCAAUCACCAGUUGUGAAUCCCACAAGUUACAGGGGAGUGCUUCACGGCAAAGUAAAACAUCUUCUGCUGGGAGUGAAACAAGCCGUAGCCAAGUCCGAACAAAGGAAAGGAAACAUGGGCGAUGGAAGUGAGGAUUUCUAUCCUCUAGGAAUCUCUCUAUCGGAGGUUAAGUCAACAGGUGAAGGUCCAUCCGCAUCGGUUCGUUGGAAUGAGGGCACCAGCCAGCCUAGACUAAACUAUGAAGGAGGCUGGAGAGCUGGUUCAGAGGAAGAUAUCGUAUCACCGACAAGAAACAUCUGGAGAGAUGAUAGUAGUUCAAAAACAGAUGAGAAAAAUGUGGAACAACGUGAAAAGCAGAUGUCGGGUGGAUUCAUCAUUGAUGUGGAUAAAUCUCAUGGAGAGGUAGAAAUCAAUGAUAAUCCGGAAGCCGCAAUUGAAAGGCAAUCAUUUUCUCUAGUGACACGUGCAAAUGAAGAAUUGCAAGAUGAGUUUUGGAAUCCAUUUUAUGUUCCACCAGAGCAUGAUGCAAACGUAAAACGUAUGGGAUUUCUUUAA